AUGGCAGACGACAUCGAUCGCAAAAUUCAGCUGAUGAAGCUAGAACAGCAUGCUUCCAUGGAAUCGCUCACCGAAACCGUCUGCCGUAAUUCGAAUCGUCUACAAGCGAUCCUUUCCAAGGUAUCCCAAAUCUACGAUAACAUUUAUGUGCUGAUGGAUCGCACCGGUCCCAAGUCGAAUUGUGUAUUCUACCCUGCGAAAACAUCGAUAAUCGCCAUACAGCUCGGUCUCGAGAGCAAUGCGAGCCUCUGA